GCCCGAGUCACCAAUGAACGAGUUCGAGUUGGCGCGGGUCGAGUCGCUGUUGUGAGUCUUCGAGAGAAUUGUCGACGCUGGGUACGCAAUUGUUAUCUCAUUGUGGGGAAGGAGACGCAUUAAACUAAUCGCGAAUUGUUGUCUGGUCAUGGCCACGAUGCCGGCAAUCUUCACCAGGUGAUCGUACUCGGAUAUAAAUAAAUCAGGCGCUGGCACAUCUUUUGCCGGCGAUGAAUUUCAAUGUAAUUAGACGAAUCGGCGAUUGACGUAAAACAUGGUGACCUCUUGAAACGAAGAAUCAUAAUGCAUAUAAUGUAUUUUUAUACGCGAUACACGUCCAAGAGGUACUUGCCAACAUAUCUAGCCAACACUCAUUAUGUUUCGGAAUAACUAUGAAAUCAUAUGGAAUGUAUAAAUGUAUAAAAAAAAAAACACCUACGAAAGCCAGAUGGAAUCCUGCAGUCUCAAUUGCUCUUCUAAUCGGUUAUCUGUCAGUUAUCACGUGACUAUGCGAGCAUGCGUAAGAUGUAUAUGAUCAAAUCGGCAUUAUCAUUCUGCACAUGUCAUUCGGCAUCAACAGUGGAGAUCGAGGUUUAGAGGAAGUUUAGAAUGGAGGAUAAGCCACUUAAUCCCGGAUAAGAAUAGAGAAAACCGACUGUAAUGAUGAUGGAACGCGACGGCGGGCAAGCGCUGCCUCUGCACGCUAUGACUCUCUUACCUCUUUACUGUGUGUUUCUUCCUGCCAAGAACCGACUACGGCGCCGUGAGAGACUCCACGAGCCGCGGAGGGUCGCUUACUCCGGUGAGGAUUUCGGCGCGAUCAGUUGCAUUUGCUAGCCGGUAGUCAUCUAGCGCGGAGGUGCAUCACAGCCCGCUCAGGAAACGACUGCUUGGUUUGCACAUAAUUUGUCAAGUUUCUUCUUCAUCGUGAUUGACCGCAUCGACUUCUCAUCAUCCUCAUCAUCGUUAUUGUGAUCAACUAGAAGGCCCGCUGUUUUCAUCUAUUCUCCGUUUCCGCAGAGGUUGUACCCGCGCGAUAAUCGAUCCACCUGUUAGCCAUCAAUGAAAACAAGAAGGCGCGGGUGAGGGAUAUAUUCAAAGCCGUUAAGUGCGAGGCCGGCAUUCCAUCUCAUCAUUUUCCCGACGAAACGCCGGAGAAGCGUUUUCGAGAGACACUGCGGGUCAUACAACGCGAGAGCACGACUCUUUGCUCCGGAACGAGUGGUGUAUUUGCGUCCCUGAGUUGUUACGUACGACAGAGCCCGUCGUCGUAAGGACAAGAUGGAGGACACGGAAGAUAUAAGGACGUCAGUAGAGUUGUACAUUUACGAUCUUACAAAGGGAAUGGCUGCAAUGAUGUCGCCGAUACUCAUAGGUCGUCAGCUGGACGGAAUAUGGCACACGGCAAUAGUCGCGUACGGAAGGGAAUAUUUCUUCGGCAGCGGCGGCAUCCACAGCAUCCGACCUGGCGGUACGGAAUUAGGAGAACCACAGAGAAUCGAGAAGCUUGGCGAGACUUACCUGCCUUACACGGUCUUCCUCGAGUACAUAAACGGUCUGGGAACUUCCACCUUCGCACCGGGCACGUACAAUCUCUUCAAGCACAACUGCAAUUCCUUCACAGAGGAAGUAAGCAACUUCCUGGUGGGCAAGGGCAUUCCCAAGUAUAUCCUUGAUCUGCCGGAGGAAAUACUACAAACACCUAUCGGACAGGCCUUAGGCCCAUUGAUAGAAACAUUAAGUAACAGCGCAAGUGCUGGGUUCACGGUCGGCCAGAGAUUUGUUGAGCCGAGAAUUCAGAGGGAAACUUCACCAGAAUAUCAGCUUCUAAACACAGCUAUCGAAGAAGCGAGACUAAAUUCUAUUGCACUAGAGGAAAGGAGGAACGUUAUUAACGAGAAGCUAGCAAAGAAAGAUCGAAAGAAGAAAAAGAAGAAGAAGGAGAAGAAGGAAAAAAGCAGCAGGGAGACCACUGGCAGCGAUAGCAACAGUACCGGACCGAGCAAUUGCUGCGCGGAUAUGGCGGAGAACGAGAGUGCGAGUGCUGUCGGUGAGACGCAGCAGCAGGCGACCAAUGGCGAAAACGCAGAGAUGCUGCCGUCCGAGCGAGUGAGGCAAAUGGAGGAAGACGAGAAGCGUGAACAAGAAGAAAAGAAACGUCAUAGAGAUCCACCGAUAGUGUUCAAGGACUUGGUAAAUGUGCGGACGGAGUAUGAAGAAUUGCUGAGUGCUCUUGAGGGAAAAUUGAAUGACGAGGAGCGAACGUGCAUGGAUGAAUUGCGACAAUAUGUUCUGGAGAACGAAGGCUCAUGGGCUCUGGGUGAUAAUUUCUUAAAUUUUGUAGGUCGAGUACUCUAUGAUAAGUCACUGGACAGCAAUACGCGAGUAAAACUGUUGAAUGUACUGUCCGUUGCCGCAUUGAAGGACGAUGUAAUUCUGCUGUUGCAUCAAGACAGGCGAGAACAUAUCAUUAUGAAUUACGCCUUUGACAUCGAUCGGCAUCCGCAAGAGGAGCAACUUCCACUCGCACAGUUUUUGGCGAAUAUGUUCGAGAAUCUUAGCAGCUCGGAAUGGCUGCUUUACAUAUCCGAGUGGCAGCAUCAGAAUCAGAGCAUCAGCAACAUAAGGGUGACGACCAAAGUUGCGGUGCACUCGCUACUCUCGAACUCGGAUGAUCUGCAGAUCCGCGGCGCCGCCAUUAUCCACAACCUUGCCUGCAAGGAGAAAAUGAACAAAAGCAAAAAUCUGCGGCGACUUUUACCGAAAGGCAGCAUUUCUCAGGUGUUUGACGACGUUGCCGUGGAGUUGACAAUGGCAUUGCUGCAGUAUUUCAACGGCAGCCCCGCGGAAGAACAGCUGUUCGCGUGCAUGAAGUCGCUGGCACGUUUCACGCAGAUCAGCGGCCAGGAAGUGCCGCAACUCAUACAGAUGAUCGGACCCGAGCCAAAUAAAUUCAGAGGUACUUCUCAGAGAAUCGACGAGCAGAUCGAUCAAGUAAACAAGAAGCUGCGUUAAUCUGAUCGUCCGCGAGAAUGUCGUGUUCCAAACACGUGAUGAAAUUGGACACGCUUCCGCUACGUUAAAAUGGAUUUUUAGAAAUUCUAUCCAGAUACAUCUAUUGAUACUAUUAUCGAUAUUAAUUAUUGUCAUUUUAAUAAUAUUAUAAUAUAUUAUUAUUAUAUUAUUAGACGAAGCAGCGCAGCGCUGUAUCUUUUCAAUCUCCUUUUCACUUUUUUAUUUAACGAUGUAUUUUUUCGCUUUGUAAAGAAUUGAAGCUAGCGGCGCUUCGCUGUUGUGAUGCAAAACAGAUGGAAAUGAAAUACACAUGGUGCGAUAACUCGCCUGAUAUAUUCAGUGCAUGCGAGAGUAUCUCCCGUGCGAGAGUGUCUUCCGAUAUUUUUUUUUUAAUAAUAUAAUUAUAACGUUAAAUUUGACACAUCGAGAUCUUCAAAUUAUUGAGUAAUAUAGAAUAAUUGUGUGUUGUCAGUUAUACACAUCACACUCCACUUCCAAUUAUAUUCUCUAUUCUUUGCGUGACGAAAAGUGUCGCACGAAGACGCAAUAAAACUUAUAAUGAAAAUAA